AUAAAAUGGAAAGCUUAAGUCAGCCAAGAAGACAAGACAGGCCCAAAGCUCUUGUCAUGGAGAAAUCUAUUUUCCAUAAAAACAAAAAUAUUGAUAAAAUAUUAAGAGGAGCGCAUUACUUCACCCGUUAUCUAUCUGAAUUGGAGGACGAUUGAUCAGAUUCAGACGCAGACUUACAAAAUUGGAAUCUGAUUUUUGAUAUAUUAUUUAGUAAUCAAAAAGAUCUGAACUUUGUGAAGAAAGAACCUUUUCUUAAUCAGGAGAACUUCAGUUCUUUGUAAUUAGACAUUAUAUAUAAUAGAAACAAGCAUGUGGCAAACUUCCUUAAGUACUUAUACCCUGGGAAGGUGGAAAGACUGGGCAUUAUUUGUGCUAAUCAAUUGCCUUUAAGCAUAUCUCCAUUCUUUAACAACUUCAUGAGGCUUAGCCAUUGAGUUUCCAAGGAAUUUGUUAUUUUUAGAUUUAAAAUCAACUUUCAUCAACUAAAGAAAAUAAUAUCAGCAUGCAAGCAUGUAGGACUUAUUGCUUGCACCUCCUGUAAGAUUUCCAUUCCAGCUGUUAUGGAUUUAUCUAAAGUGUUGAAGAAUACAAAAAUCGAAGAAUUAAAUUUCUAUUAUUGAGGAAAUGCUAAUUAUUCAAAUUGGGCUCACAAUCCAGAAGAGUUUGUCAACCUUGUGCAAGGACUAGACACUUCUCCAGAUCUGAAACUGAGUCUGAAUAAAUUAAAAGUAGGCGAAUGUGAAAUAGA